AUGAGUGUAUCUGCUCCUCCUCUCAUGGCGGUUCUCAUCUUCUUCUUCAUCACCAUCAGCUUUAUUGCCCCAUUUUCUUCUUCCUUACCUGAACACCAUUUCCACUUUAACAAAAAUGGUUUUCGCCACAACACUUCUUCACAGCCACAGCAAUACAUAGAAAUCACUCGUCCAUUGUCAUUCACAAAUCUCCCUCCUUCUUGUACUUUUCAUAUCCUUACUCAUGAUUUCGCCAAUACGAUGGGUCUCCCGCCGGUCUCCGCCUCUUACUCUCCUCCGGCCAAUUGCUCCUGGACUCAUGUGGCUCUUCAGUUCAAUGUUUCUUCUAAAGGAGAGCAAUACUAUCGAAUCGCCGCCGUUUGGCUUGAUGGCGCCGAGCUCCUCCGUACCAGCACCGCUGAGCCUACCGAUGACGGAAUUUUCUGGACUGUAACGAAGGAUGUUACCAGGUACUCCUCCAUCCUGGUCAACGAGAAUAUAUCUCUUUCUGUCAUGAUGGAAAAUAUGGUCAACGAUGUUUAUACCGGUGUUUAUCAGGUUAAUAUUAGUUUCCUCUACUAUAAUGUUAAGAAAAUGGAUGUUUCGUUAUCGAACAGUUAUAAUCGGAAAAUGAAGCUGGAAAAUGAUUUGAAAAGUGAGAUUGAAAACCCGGCAGAUUUGAUAAUACCAAUAUCGGGAAAUGGGAGUGAAGGAUUUUGGUUUCGAAUUCUGAAUGAAUCAGAGAUGCAUGGGCAGAGUGUUAUUAUUCCGAAGAAUACAUACAAAGCUGUGAUUGAGAUUUACGUAUCAUCACACGGUUAUGAUGAGUUUUGGUACACGAAUCCGCCUGAUUCAUACAUACAAAUGAAUAAUUUAACUACCAAGAGAGGCCAUGGAUCCUACAGGGAAGUUUUGGUGAAUAUAGAUAGGAUUUUGGUUGGAUCCGUAAUUCCAUUUCCUGUUAUUUUCACUGGUGGAAUUAAUCCUAUGUACUGGGAACCACUAGUUUCAAUUGGGGCAUUUGAUCUUCCUUCGUAUGACAUUGAUUUAACACCAUAUUUGGGGCUUUUACUCGACGGUCAAGCUCAUUUUCUAGAGCUUGGGGUGAAUGAUAGUAUCCCAUUAUGGCUUGUGGGUGCCAAUUUGCACCUUUGGGUGGAUAACAAUUGUGUAUUGCCUUGUGAAGUGCAGGCAAAAGUUAUUGAUUUUGGUACCCCUAAGUUCAAGAUUGAGCGAUCUUCGAGUUUUCUAGGCCUGGAUGGAUCAUUUGAGGUUGAGAUUAAGAGGAAGGGUGAGAUUUCUUAUUGGGUGAACUCAACUGCAGGAAAUUUGACUACUAUAAUCAAGCGAGAAUUGAAGUUCAAGAACGAAAUGAACUUUUAUCUAAACGGAACUGAGAAAAAGAUUAAGCAAAAAGUGGAGGAAGAGAUUGAAGUUAGGGUAUUGUCUAAUAGUGGUGGCACGAUCUCUAAAACCAAAGUGAAGAGGAAAUUUCCGCUUACUAUAACAUCUAAGACUAUACCAUCAAUGGAGAAUGAUACAACCUUGAGGCUUUCUGAUUUGGAUCAUGAAUGGAAGGAGAAGAAGAAGUUGGAUGGAGGUCCUUCAAUCUCAUUGAAAAAUCGGCAGCAAUGCAAUGGAUGGAUGGUUGUUCAAGGUCACAAUGUUUUACAUGGUGGGGCAACUACUCAACAAACUUAUUCUUACUCCGAUGAAGCUGAUUGCUAUUCUCGAACCAUUUCAGCUGCCAAUGGCAAGCUUAUGAAUGACACUGCAAACAUUCUUUGUGCAGCAGCUCCUUUGAAGUUUGGUUCAUUUUCUGCUUUGUGA